AGAAGAAGAAGAACCCGUGUUUCUGUCACGUGACCGCGUUGCCAUGGCAGCGCCUCAUGUUGGUAUUCCCGCAGAUCUGCGGUUCGCUUCACGUUCCUAAAACCUGCGAGGUUUGAAUCUGCUGCUGCUGUGGAUCCGAUCGGUGAAAUAAGAUGCCGCCGAAGAACAGAAACAAGAAGUCCGGGAAGGGGAAGCCCUCCGCGGAGGUGGACGCUCUGUCCACGGAGGAGAUGUCCAAGGACCAGCUGGAAGAGCACGUGGUGCGGCUGCGGGAGGAGCUGGACCGGGAGCGUGAGGAGCGGAGCUACUUCCAGCUGGAGCGCGAUAAGAUCCGCGGCCUGUGGGAAAUCUCCCGGCGGCGGCUGGAGGAGGCGGAGGCGGAGCUGAGGGACAGCGUCCGGCAGAGGGACGAGGCUGCAGAGCGCCACCGUGUGGAGAUAACGGUCUACAAGCAGAAGCUGAAGCACGUCCUGUCCGAGCAGCACAACACCGUCUGUGAGAUGAAGACGGACGCCGUCUCCUCUUCCUCGCUGGUCCGGGACCGGAACGCCGGGUUGGAGUUGGAUCUGCAGCGGCAGCUCCGGGAUCUGCAGGCGGCCGGCGAGCAGAAGAUGCUCCAGGAGCACGGCGCCGCCAAGGAGCUGCAGCUGAAGCACCAGGCGGAGCUGAUGAGGCUCGGUAACGAGUACGAGCGGCAGAUCUACGAGCUGGAGAUGAGUUUCCACCAGAGGGCGCACUCUUUGAUGCAGGCGGAGGACAGGAAGCGCCGUGCAGCCGUCAGCGAGGUGGAGCAGCGGAUGAAGAGUCACAUGGAGUCGCUGAUGGAGGAACAUGACAGAAUUCUACGCAAAGGAGAGGAAUACUUCUCCCAAAUUCAGAGGAACCAGCAGGAGGAGCUGGACAGGUGGAAGGGCGAGCUGAAGAAGCUGCUGAACCAGAAGCUGCGGUGGGAGAAGAAGAUCUCAGCAGCUCAGCAGGAGAACCAGCGUCUGAAGACGACGCUGCAGGAGGUCCAGCAGAAGCUUCCGGAGCUGCACAGACGGCUACAGGAGCACCAGCACUCCAAGCACAGGAUGGAGGAGUACCGAGCUCAGCAGAAGCUGGUUGAUCAGGAGCUCAGAGACCUGACGGUGGAACACGAGCUGCUGCUGCAGGCCUUCCAGAAGGUGCAGCAGGAGCGUGACGAGCUGCUGAGGAGGCAGACUCAGAGCAUCCUGGACAUCCAGCAGAGGAGCGGCCUGAAGAAGAUCCUGCUGCAGAGGAAGCUGGAGGCGCUGAGCCAGACUCUGGAGAAGAAGGAGGCGCAGCUGAGCGCCGCGCUGUCCGUCUGCAGCGUUGAGCCCACGGCGCGCAGCAACGCCGCCAACAAGCUGCAGGAGAUCCUGGAGUCCAAACAGACCGCCAUGGAGGCUCUGCAGCUGGACCUGGACCAGGGCGCCCAGCUGCUGCGCCCCCUGCAGGAUGACGUGGAGGUCGCCGUUGUCCCGCCUCUCCUCUCUCCCUCCAGACCCGCUGAGCCGGUUCGAGAAGAACCCGGACCGGACCGGUGGUGACCAGAACGGAUCCAACUGUUCAUGUUUUUCUGCUGAACUUGGAUCAAUUUGGAGCCAGAAACCGUCUGGCAGGUUCAUGAUGCUGCCACUACUGCUGACGUCAUCAAAGACAUGGAGCUUUCUCACCACUGCGCCUCGAUCGCCCCAAACCAUCCAACCACUGCUGGUUAGGCCCCGCCCCUUCCCUAGAGCUUCCUGUGUUGAAGUCAUCAUGAAAUAAACUGAUCUCACAUCCGAUUGGCCAGCUGUUAGGGCUAGCCCCGCCCCUCACUAAUGGCUGACAAAUCAAAACGCUGCAAGAAAAAUAAGGACAAAAUGAAGAUAUUCAGACUUUAUUGAGUCCCAUUUAUCUUGUAUAUUUCAGACAUUUUUACAUUUAAAUAAUUAUUUCCAGUUUUAUCGCCUCUCCAGCAGGUUUUGGUCCAACCUGCCGUCGGUUCUGAUCCGUUUUCCUCGGCUCAUAAUUUAUUGAUUUAUAGCAGCAAACAGGAAACUGUUUCUACAGAGAAGCUGCAGAUCUUCUCCACAACCCUUCGGAUCCAGAACUUUGGUUCUGUUCUUUCAUGUCCUGAGCAGAACCAGAACCAGGCGGGUUCUGUAGUCUGAGCCGACCUGAAGCUUCUGUCCUCCAGAGCGGAUCGACUCGUCCUGCAAGACCAAACAGGAGAACCACCAGAACCACAUGGACAGCAAGGUCCAGUUCUGCCUCAGCCGGUUCCGUGGCUGCUGGACUCGAAGACGCCUUUCUUGAAGAACGGAGAAAACUCACAGAUGUUGAACUUGGACAGGCGGAAAACGCCGUCCUCAUCGGGUCUGAGAGGAGAACCGGAGCAGGACAGCAUGACCCGAAACAGGUUCCUCAGGUACCGCUGGGGAGACAGGCAGACGGGUCAUCAGAACCACCAAAAUCCUAAAGCACUUAUCAGAAACAUGAGCUCUGCUAACGCUAAGAGCUAAUCCAAGUUGAUAAUUAGCAGAAGCUAAUGCUAAAGCACUAAGCAGCUAACCAUGUUGAUCCAAGACGUCACUAUGCAGUCUGUCGCCCCCUACAGGAUCAGAUCUGCCACUGCUCUCCUUCAGAUUUUUCUCUCGGUUUCAGUUUUUCUAACUGAACGACUUCAGUCAGAAACCAGCAGGAAGUUUUAUUCACUGUAGGCCUACAGCAAUGCAUUGUGGGUACAGAAUCAUCAUUUACUGCAUCACAGCUGGAGGCUCAAAACAAUCCAUGGCAAACACUAUGAGAGGCCCGGUUCCGGUCCGGUUUCUACCGAUCCGCCGUACCUCCAGCUGGCUGCGGCGCUCCGAUACCAUCCGCUCGUCCCGGUUCCCAAACAGCUUCUUCGGAGGAAACUCCAGAGCCGCCAGCUGGAAAACAAAGACCAUCAGAACAGAACCAGAACUACGAUCAGGCUCGGUUCUGGACAACCGUUUCAUCAGAACCAGAACCAACGGGUCAGGUUCUGGCGGCUCACCUCCGGAUAUUUGGACUUCAGGCUCCUGUGCAUUUCUCUGAAGCGGCUGUAGCGUCUGAACACGGUCCAGCUGUCGUCCAUCACCGAGACCUGAUGAAGACAGAGCAGCUCUUCAUCACUGGGUCACCCUGCUGGGGAACCGGGCCCAGCAGAACCGGGCCCAGCAGAACCCUCAGCGCCUCCCAGAGACUAAACCUCAAACUAAUUUGUAAAGUUUGAUUAAAAUCGUGAAUCUC